GCCCGGGCCCCGCACCGGGCAUGCCGGAAGUCGACCCGGGAGGCCGAUGCGGGAUGCACACAGCAGAGCGGAAGUGGGCUGGGGGACGGCAGAGCGGCGGAUCGGAAGAUGGAGAAGUUGUCAGUGAGGAACAGUUGACACUUCUUGCAUGUCCUGGGAGAAUGGAGAUAAUUCCUCUUGGUGGAGUAUUCCUGGUGCCAGAACCGAUCUCCACAUCAGCCUCGCUUCCAGCCACUGACACCAGCACUGGGCAUUAUGUCUUCUACCUGGGGCUUGCUCUUGCCAUUAGCUCCAGCAUCUUCAUUGGCAGCAGUUUCAUCCUGAAGAAGAAGGGGCUCCUGCGCCUGGCUGGGAGGUCAGUGAUAAGAGCAGGCCAGGGCGGACAUGCAUACCUGAAGGAGUGGCUUUGGUGGGCCGGGCUUCUCACAAUGGGUUUGGGAGAAGCUGCCAAUUUUGCUGCCUAUGCCUUUGCUCCAGCAACUCUAGUCACACCUCUGGGAGCCCUCAGCGUUCUUGUGAGUGCUAUCUUAUCUUCAUACUUUUUAAAUGAGCGACUGAACCUUCAUGGAAAGAUGGGCUGCAUCCUGAGCAUCCUGGGAUCAACGGUGAUGGUCAUCCAUGCCCCACAGGAGGAGGAGGUCGGAACCUUGGCUGAAAUGGUGGAAAAGCUGAAGGAUCCAGGUUUCAUUGCGUUUGCUGUAUGUGUUGUGGUCAGCUGCAUAAUCCUGAUCUUUUUGGUGAGCCCCCGCUAUGGCCAGAAGAAUGUCCUGGUCUACAUCCUCAUCUGCUCCAUCAUUGGCUCCCUCUCUGUCUCAUGUGUGAAGGGUCUGGGCAUCGCCAUUAAGGAGCUAUUUGUGGGCCACCAUGUGCUAUCAUCCCCAAUGAUGUGGAUCCUGCUGGUCUUCCUGAUAGUCUGCAUCAGCACCCAGAUCAACUACCUGAACAAGGCCCUCGACAUCUUCAACACCUCCAUUGUAACCCCUAUCUACUAUGUCUUUUUUACCACUGCUGUGAUGACCUGCUCAGUCAUUCUGUUCAAGGAGUGGUACCACAUGACCAUUUACAACAUUGUGGGCACAAUUAGUGGGUUCCUCGUUAUCGUCCUUGGUAUCUUCCUGCUGCAUUCUUUCAAGGACAUCAGUUUCACUUCCAGCAUCCUGCCUCUGUUCCUCAGGAGGGCCAGGCCCAGGGUGGACGGAAGCCAACCAUACGAAGCCCUGCCUUCCCAAGAGACAGAGAUCUCCAGCUGCCAACUCCAAGCCACCAAUGCAUAGCUUCACCUGGAAGAUGAGUUGGAAGGAUCAGGGACUUAUUGAGCUAAACAGCAUGUUCAAAGCACUUCUUAUCUGUCCACACACAUUUAUUAACAUUCCUCCCCAGGUUGCAAUAUCAUGUUGGAGCUCAUUCCCAUCCACCUCAUGGUCAGCUGGUAUAAGUUGGCAGAGCUGUCUCUCGAAGUAUGAUGUUGAGCUGAAGGACUCACUCGUUCCAAGUUGCUGAUCCUAGUGAGUGUCCCAUUACCCAGCACCGUUAAAUAUGGAGGAAAACAGAUGAGUGUGAGUGAGAGUGGCAACUUAUCUUUGAAAUACUGGCAUGUUUUGACAGGAAGGGUAAAAGGUUUCAAUCAUUUGAUCAUGACAGGUAUAACGUCAUGAGACCUGGGUCACCAAAUCAAACAAAAGAAUCCAGCUAGCACCAUGUGAGGAUCUCAUUUUGACAAUGCUUGUCCUCAGUCAGAGAAUGAAGGUAGUGAGGUUUGAGGGAGAGGACCAAAGGCACUACUUGGAAGUUGGUACCGUUGUGUUCAUUCUCAUUGUUGACCUUAGCAGUAGCAUUCUUUGAGGUCGUAUUUUUCACAUGCCAACACAAUCUCCAUUGGGCAGAACAUAACAAGGAUGAUAAUUCAGGUAUUUCCUAUUAGUCACACAUUGAAACUCUCUGAUUCAGCACUUAAGGAUUGGCUGAUGCCAGACUACAAUAAAACUGGCCCCAAUUAUCUCCACUAAUCAGGAGUGUUGUUAAGUACAAGACACUCCCCAGUUAGUGAGGGUUCUGUUCCCAAGAACCAUUGGCAACUCAAAUUUUACAUAAUUUGGAAAAACUGUUGGCUUAUAAUGUAAAAAUUACACUGGCAGGUUAAUCAGGCACAGAUCUUAGUUAAUUUUAGUCCUUAGAAUUAGCCAAUUAGUUCAGAUCUGUAUUAUGGAUUACACAAACAUUGUGCUUCCACAAGGAGUUCCACUUUUAUCACCCAUGCGGUGAGGUGCUUUGUCAAAGUGCCUUAAUAUUCUGGCACAUGAACCCAUCACUUGCCUGGAGCUGGGCUGGUGAUGAAAGCAGACCUGGAACUAUGAGCAUGGCAAACAUAUCCCAAGGCUUGAAUAGUUCAAGCUGUUGGAAAGUAAUCAGACUGAAAACUACCUGCUUGGCACAGCCUUUGUCUAAACAGUAAAUGUACUGCAGGUCAAAAUACUGCAGAUGCUGGACAACACUCAGCAUGUCAGGAUGCAUCUGUGAGAACAGAAACAGUUAAUGUUUCACCACAGGGACUCUCCAUGAUGAUGCUCUUUGGUACGUACUAUUCACCAGAAAUAUCAAAAGGAGAAACCUUCAGACAGAGCGUAGAACUAACACAAUUCUCAUCAGUCCCAGGCACUUGCGACUUAGUCCAGCUACUGUUCUAAUUUAAGUGACUGAAAAAUGUCUUGCAUUAAAAUAUAUUUUUACAGUGCUGAUGAUAA